AUGUCUUUGGGCAGUCAAGCGACGGGCAGACAGCGGCUUGAUCCAACCCAUUGCCGACCUCAAGGCUCUCGGUCACUACAAGUGGAAGUCGAAUCCAGCUCCGAACCAGCCACCUCGCAAAUACAGUCCGACCAACGCCAUAAGCCUACUUCUGACCCAAGGGAGGCCAAGUUUCUGGCCUCUAUUGAGAAAUUGAAAUCCAACAUCUCCACCACAGAGGGCCUUCUAUCCAGGAAGCUCCAAGAGAUCAAAGAAUUAAAGUCAUUCCCUGGAUCAACCGCAAGCGGAGGUCACCAAGAACCACAAGAGCCGGCCCCAGAAGCUGUUCAGAAUCAACACGACUCUUCUGUCCCUGCGUCGUUGUCUGCAGAAGACGAGAAAGCGGCGCUCGCUCAUGCACAUUCCAUCAUCAACAGGCACAUUUCGCUUCUGAAAUCAUACAACGAGAUCAAGAAUAUCGCUAUGGGGAUGCUAGGCCUUAUUGCGGAGAAGGAGGGCAAGAGGCUUAAGGAUGUGAUGGACGAACGGGGAGUAAAUAAGGAUGACUGAAUCGGCCGAGGAAGAUCCUGGACAGUUAGCAGUGAUGGAAAGUGGGAAACCUUGGGGCUCCGGAGUAAAUGGCGGGAGAGGUUUGAACUGAGACACAUGCAUGGUACAGUCUAACCAGGCAGUGCACCCA